CCCAGCAGUGUCCAGCCAGCGAGUGAUGUGAAGCACCUCAGUUUCACCCGAACCGUCGCCUCAGUCCUGGCUUCUUCUGGCUGCUGAGGGCGUGUAGUGGCGAGGCGAGUCACUAGACACCAGUGCCCAUAUCUACUACGUGAGAGCACCAUGCUGGCCCUGGGCAGGAGGGUGGGCACUGCAAUGCAGUGGUCUUUGGGGCGGCUCACCAGAGUGACACCAUCUGCCUCAGUCCUGCCCCAGCGUAGCCACAGCAGCAGCAGCAGCAGCAACCAGAGGCAGCAGUGCAUGGAGGAGGACCUUGACCCACAGCAGCUGGCCCUUCUCGAGGAGCCGUGCAUCCUGGUGGACGAGGCUGAUGUCCCCCUUGGCGCGGCCUCCAAGCGGCAGUGCCACCUGAUGCGGGGCGGCUCCUCACCUCUCCACCGUGCCUUCAGUGUCUUUCUCUUCAACUCUGCCGGGGAGCUGCUGGUGCACCGCCGUGCACACACCAAGAUCACCUUCCCUGGACACUACACCAACACAUGCUGCUCUCACCCGCUGCACACACCGCAGGAGACCAUCGAGGAGGGGGCUCUGGGGGUGAGGAACGCUGCACAGAGACGCUUGGAAUUUGAGCUUGGCAUCCCCCAGGAGCAGGCCAGGCCAAGCGACUUCACUUACCUCACUCGCAUCCACUACGCAAGCCCCUCUGAUGGCAUGUGGGGCGAGCACGAGAUGGACUAUAUCCUCUUUCUGCAGAAGGAUGUCACACUCAACCCCAAUGAUAAUGAGGUGGAGGAUGUGCAGUAUGUGAAGAGGGAAGACUUUGAGAGGUUCUUGAGGGGGUUGCAGGAGAGCAACAUUCCAAUCACUCCUUGGUUUGCUCUCAUCGCCCAGAAGUUUCUGCCUCUGUGGUGGAAGAACUUGGAUGCCCUUGACAGGUUCACUGACCACCACAACAUUCACCAUUUGUUGGAGUGACACCUGCCUUCCUUGUCUAUCAUCUGUCUUGCUCCAUCUUCCUUUUCUCACUCAGCCUAGAGGUUUGGUGGUAAAUCUUUAUUUUUCUAUGUAGAUUUCCCUUUUCAUGUACCACUACUCUUCUUACUCCACACUGGCACUCUUUGUAAACACUGAUUACUUUUUUUUCUGAAAUGUAGGCUCAAAAAUUUUUCUGAAUGGAUGUGAAAUUACUAGAUGGAUUUUUCAUAAUUUACAAGUCACGAUCUGAAGAGAUUUUGGGUAUCUCAUGGUAAAACUUGUAAUUUUAAUUAGGAAUAGCUCUCUGGCUUGGAGGAGGGAGUUGCUAGGCACCGCAUAACCAUUAGCUCUUAUUAAAUCUCCCCAGGUUUUGUGAACGUUUUGGGGAAUAAUAGGGAUUGCACCUGCUCCAAUUUCACUAUCUCUGCCACUGAUUUUUAGUGGAUCAACAAGAAAGUUGGAUUAUGAGUAGGUGCUUCACUGUGGUGCAGUAUUAUUUCUCACCGGGCUUUUUUUUUAGAAGUUCCCAUAAGUUCCAGUUGCUUUGUGAAGCACAGAGAUUGUUGUUGUGGAGACCAGUGCCACAAGAUGUGUUAGGGCCCCAAGGACUUUUUGCAGUUUAGUUGAUACAGUCUUGGUAUAUAACUUAACAUGUGGUAGGUGGCACACCUUGACCACCAAAUUCUUAGCAUGUUGCAAAAGUAUACUAAAAGGGAUAGAACAAGGGAAUUGAGGACUUUCCUUGGUAUUACUUGUGAUAUGUCUCCUUUCAUCCUGUAGACCCUGUUCACCCAGGAGAGAAGAGGCACAGGAUAUGGAAUAAGGGGUUGUGAUCUUGCAGCUCAAGUGUGGAAGACCAGCAAUCUUGCCCUCCUCUCUGUGUGUGUGUGUGUGUGUGUGUGUGUGUGUGUGCAUUUUUUUUUUGCAGAAGCAGUAAGCUAGAAAUCUUGUGUUUCUGUUGAUGUGAAUGAAUCCUUGCAACUUGAGACUAGUAAUAUUGCGGGCAGUAUGAAAAGUGAUUGACAGUUAAUGACAAAACAGUAAUUGAUGACAUAGGUUGAAAGCUUGCAUUGCAGAUUAAGGGCUGUGGUUAAAGAAUUAUGAUAAUGUGUUAGUACUGAACUUCCUACCUGCACUGAUUGGAGGAGUGUCUCCUUUGAAGGGAAAUUAGAACCAGUCUGUCAGGUUCAGUAGUGUCACCUCAUGAAAUUUAUCCAUUGACAUGUAAACACCAAUGAGAAUAAGCAUUUAUUUUACCAGACAGACUGAUUUUUUAUUUGAUUUUGAUUUUGUUUCCUGCACAAAGGUACAUUCAUGAUAAUGGUAAAAUAUUAUAUAGUUUGAAGGUUUCACAAAAUAUUUCCAUGACACUCCUUAAAGAUAUAAUUUCAUUUAUUUGUCUUCUGUCAACACACUAGGGACAUACAUAUGUAUGGCAAAGUUCAGGAAAUACCUGUUUUAUGUAACUAUUCUCAGUGAACAGUUUUUUUUCCUUUACAUCUAUCUUGUCAUCAUGGUGAUGUGUGUUGGAUACAAGUUUCGGCUUAAGGUUACUGUGUGUACUACUUGGAUUACUGGGCUAUGGCACGAUCCAACCAUUCUCUGAUCAACAAAAACUAAUCUCAAAGAAAAGAUAAAAUCUGUGAUGAGUUACUGCAUUGCAUGUAAAAUCUGAAUAAUAUUUUUUUAUGCCUAGAAA